AACAAUACAUCAUUAAAAGAGCACAACAGUCAUACUAUUCGAGUGGGGUAAAUAAAACUCAGGUUGGUUCCUCUUUCGUAAUUUUCUUUCUUGGUUCAUUAUUGUGGUUCAGGGGCCUAGAAAAAUUUAGACCAUGUUUUUUUUCAAUGAGUCCUGCCUCUGGCUAUGUGCAGGCAAGAUCCCCAGUGUUUCUGGCUUUUUACAGGUCCCCUGGGGGAAACAGUGAUUAUAUUGCCUCUGUCUUAGUGCUUAUGGCCCCCGCCAGGGAGAUUUGUCCGAAGAGGUUUCCUGUACAGAAGAAGCUGAGAGGGUGAGAGACUGACACUCCAGAAUUGUCUGCCCAGGAGAAGUAAUUAACUACAGCAGAAUGGAUUUCGGUUGUUGCUAUAAUGGCUCUUUGGAGCAAAGUUUGUGUUGCUUGUGGAGUUGACUUGGCAACCCCUCUACUUUGAAGAAAAGGAGAGUGUGGCUCCUCCCCCUUGUGGUUAAUCUUCCUUGUGUUCUCCCCCUGCCCAGCUUUCAUUCAUAGCAGCUCUACCAGGCCUCCACAAGCAGCUUCCUCCAGACGUUCCUCAAGUCAAUCCUCCGAAUCGGUUGCCGCAGUUACUCUUUUGCCCUGGACGAGGAAUUGCUGCACCCUCAUCUUUGGAGUACAGGAUUAGGCCAGCCUGAAUUUUUCAGUCUGAACCAAACUUCAAACCUGCUUCAACAUUUUUGCCUCUUCAUUAGAGACGCUGCAAGUGCCAAAGGAGCUGGAGUGACUUUCUUCCUUGGACCCUUGGAACACAGCCUGAAAUAGAAUCGGGGUUUGAGAGGCAUCCAUCUACUUACAGCCAGCAGAUUCCUCAGGAUUUCCUUUUGGUUGCAGGAAUGGAACUCGAGGUCGGUGUCAAAGGCUGCAUACCUGAGCAGUUUCAGGAUGGAAACCUAUCCCAAGUACAGGCUUCUCCAAAAAAGCUGCCUGCCUUCCUCUUAAAGCGACGCAGGAAGAUCAGCCAAGCUUGCGUUAAAGAGAGGGGUAAGUGCAGAGAAGGAGGGCAAGGAAGAGGCCGGCGGGAUGUUACAUCAAGCGUUCUCUCUCGGUCAAAGACAGGGAGGUAAGGUAGCCACCGUAAGUCUCCAGAGACUACAGAGCAAAACAGCAUUGCCCUUUCCAGAGUUUUCCUCCCUCCCUCCCUCCCUUCCUUUCUUCCUUCCCCCACUCAUCCAUCCAUCCAUCCAUCCAUGGUACAUCUCAUCCACUGUCUAACAGAUUGUACAGUCCACAAAACAAUAACAUCCAGAACUAUGAAAACAGAUUGCUAAAGUCCACAAAACUACAAUGCUAAGGAAAAAGAAAAAAAAAACCCAACACCCUCAUGUUGUCCUCACAUUGACACCGGCACAGAGGGGAAAGAAAGACCCCUGGUUAGACUAUGGAUGCUGAGCCUCAAAUGCGAGGGCAGCUGAAGCUCUCCAUCCACCUGCAAGGCAGAAGGCUGAAACUUUACGUCGUGGAAGCCAAACGUCUCAUGGGAAAACAGGACCGAGUGUGUGGCUCCUUUGUCAAGGUGUCCAUUGUGCCAGACACAUCACGGAAAUGCAGGCAGAAGUCCAGGACCAUUCUGGGCAGUACAAACCCUGUUUUCCACGAGCAAUUUAUUUUGUGAGUAUGGGGAUUAUCAAGACUUGCUCCUUCCCAAGCCCCAUAGCUUUGGGCCCUCCGCGUGGAAGUCGAGGGUGCAUCUCCCAGGCAGGUGCUUGUAGCAGCUCAGGGCUUUCCCCCUCAAUUGUUCACUUCGGAACAGAACUGUGUGCCCUUUCCCUCCUUCUCUCCGUGGGGGUGGAAUCGAGGGAGGUGAAGGUCUUUGCUGGGGCUGCAGCAAUAGGAUUCUGAUACGGUAGCAUUCUUCAAUUGCCAUAAUGCUGCGGCUAGUGUGGGGGGGCAGCAUUGU